AUGGCGUCAAAAACUCGAAAAGCCAGUGGGAACGAAGCCUCCACUGAGAUCAAGAAGGGGCUAUAUCAGUUCACUGCAAGACCUUCUCCGGUAUCCCUCUACGAUGAGUACAGACAACGCAAAAAGAAGAAAUAUCUCACUCCAGCCUCGAUCCUGCAGGCAGCCAACUUCAUUAAAGCCCCUGGUUUCCGUAUCUUCAACCGUCCCGAUAGUCACGUGAUGAUAUUUGAUGAAUAUAAUCAGAAUCGACUAGUCGGAAUAUUUCAGUUUACACCUUUCUCCAAGAUGACACCCGACCAAAGAGAAGAUCUCGAUUUCCUAGCUGGCUUCUUCCAUUCCCACAAGAAAUACGUGAAUCCAGUUUCCAACUUCAACUCGGCAUGUCUCGGUGGCAAAAUGAAUAUGCUCGGUUGGAGGAAAUGCAUGAAACCCAAUGAACGAGCUGGCCUGUUUUUAUCUCAGGCGAAAAUCAACAAGGAUGUUCAUGGCUUCACCUCUGUGGUUCGACGGGGACAUCAAGCUGGCGUCAUCAUCGGCAAAUCGUUCAAGGAUCUAGCCGACAAUGCUUUUGCAAAGAACCAUGACAUCAUGGUAGAAUACGACAUGCCCUCUUUUGGUGAUGCAACCCUAGACGAUCUCGAAGUAAACAAUUUUUCAGCAGCGAGUUCUCUAUCCUAUACAUACGGUGGAUUUUACAAUUCACCUCACACAGACAAUCAAGAUGUUUCAGAAUUUGCCUAUGUCCAAUGGAUCCCAACUUUUGCGAAGACUGGUAAGGUUGCUACUCAUGCUGAGGGGUUCAAUGUUGUUGGUGGCGACUAA